GCUGGUGCUAUUUUUGUCAGCAAUUAACCAAUCAUGUUAUCGAUCAACUAAUUUAAUCACUUGACAAAUUAUGCAACGAUAUUAUAUAAAUUGUUUUCAUAAGCUGAACAUCAGAUAAUUUAAAAUGAUAUGAGCAGAUUAACUUAACAAGCUCAGACUAUUUAUGAGUACAAAAUACUAAAAUAAAGAAUGGAGUUAAAAGCAAAGAAUAUUCUUAUUCUUAUUUUAUUCAAAAACAUUGUCAUACAAUGUGGAAGUUUACUAGAAGAAUCUUGUGAUGCUGAUGAUGAGGAUUGUCAAGAUUCGAAUGAUUUACCGAAAAUUGGUCAGUUAAAACAUGGUAAAAGUCAACACGUGAACAUUCUCCGAAGAAUUCGAGAUAUAAGUCUAAUCGAAUGUGCAAAGGAGUGUUUUUUGACGUCACAAUGUCAGGCUAUUAACUAUAGAAAGAAUUGGAAGCUUUGUGAUGCACUAGGUGAAAGGCCUGAUGGCGAGGCUAUCCAGGACGAAUCAGGAUCGGUUUACAGUGAAAUAUCGACCUGGCCGAAGGCUCUUGCAGGAAAAUGUGCAAAUCAUAGUUGUGACAAAGGGAUGAAGUGUAUUGUGAAGUCAAAAAGCAAUGGAAUCAUGUGUGAGCAUGCAUACUGCAAAAAAGAUCCUCCUAAAACACCGUAUGCUGUAUCCUCUGAAAUGUUUGGGGUCUAUGCUAGCCUAGAAGCAGGAAACCAGCAUAAAUGCAUCAACAGUAACUACAAGUUGGUUGGAAAACCUUUUGUUAUUUGUGACAAAAAAUCUAAAAAGUGGAAGAAAUUAUUUUGCUGCGUGGAAAAACCAUACAAACCUCGUGACUGUAACGACAUACCGCGUCACUGUGAUUCUGGAAUUUACCAGAUUUAUCCCGGGACUUCAGCUGGUUUCAAUAUCUAUUGUGAUAAAAAACACUAUUGGUGGAAUGUAUUUCAGCGAAGAACAGACGGAUCCGUCAAUUUUUACAGGAAUUGGACGGAGUAUGAGGAGGGGUUUGGAGACUUACGUAACGAAUUUUGGCUAGGAAACAAACUGAUCAGACAACUUACUUUAUCCGGGAACUACCGACUCCGUGUCAAAGUGGGAAACAAAGAUAAAAAAAUUAAAAUUGCGUUGUACAACGGAUUCACUAUUGGUAAUGCGGAAACUCAGUACAAACUUGAAGUCAGAAAUUUUAUAGAUGGUACAGGAGCCACUGUCGGUCCACCUGCUUUGCUAGCAGUUGCUGGAUAUUAA